AUGGACACCGCGGAGAGCGCCGAGCGCGCGCACAGCCCAGCGCUCCCACCCCCGCGCAGUCUCUGCCCGCCGCCGGCGCAACCCGGGUACCGAUCAGCCAGGAUCCACCCCUCUCCGUGCCCGCUGCCUGCGGAGCCAGAGGACUGCUUGGCCCCGGCUCAUCCCCACGCACCCUCCACCUCACCCCUCGCCCUGUGCCCGCUGCCCUUGCCCGUGCCCAGUGUCCGUGCUCGGUCCUGGCUGUGUGCUGUGGCCGGGCUCACGUUCUUUACGCGCGGUUUGCGCUUGCCUUCCUGCAGGUCCGAGGGCUUCUGGAGACCUUGGCUUCGAACCCCCGGAGAGAAAGAGAAGCGGGAGGAGCCCCGUGCUGCAGACGCGUUGCCCAGUGGCCCUGGAGUGACGGAAGCCCCAGGAAAGCUUUCUCAGUACCAACACCCUGUCAGACUGUUCUGGCCCAAGUCCAAGUGUUACGAUUACUUAUAUCAAGAAGCAGAGACUCUCCUGAAAAACUUCCCAAUUCAAGCUACGAUUUCGUUUUAUGAAGAUUCUGAUAGUGAAAAUGAAAUUGAGGGGCUGGCCUGUGAAAAUCAAUCUAAUUAG